AGAGAGCACGUACACAUCGUUACAGUAAUAAUACGUAUUACUAACGCUCAUCAGAAUACGUUGCCAAUGUAGGAACAGGGAUUUUCACGUUUGCUUCCCUCCCCCUCCACCACCAUGAGAAACCGAUCGCGCUCCGGUACGGCCGAACAGAAUGCUGCAAAAUGUUCAAGUUAUAUCAUGGUUGUACCAUUAGAAGAUGAUUCAAGCCCCACUACUGAGAUGAGAUAAGUUGUUAUCAAAGAAAAUCGUGUUUAUAUCGCCACAGGGCACAGACAUUUAUUCAAAAUAUAUUCCUGUAGACAUUUUGCCAGUUUCCAUCACCUUCAAAGGUUUUUAUAUCUAAUUAAUAAGUGCCAUUUGUUUAUUUUAUACGCUCGUAUGUCCAUUAAAGAGUAAAAUCUUGAAAAACAACGUUAAUUAUUAGUGAAACGAGAAGAUAAUAGUGCAAUACUUUCUGAUCCUGAUCGUUUUUUCAAGUGUUGGACGAUUCGAAAUAGCAAAAAGGUUUUCCACUCACGUCGAUGGUGAUUUGACCUCGAAAUGGAAGAAAACUCGGCUUAUGUCUACGACCUUGUUUUUCCGAGUCCGUCAGCUCUACAAGAAUUGGCAGCCGUCGUAGUAGCAGCGAAAUUAUGGCGUGAACUAGUCAGUGAGCAUCGUUCCAAUAAUACUUUGAAUACAUUCAAGAUGAAGUUGGAUAUUUCACAAGAUACCAGUAGAAUACGCCUAUUGCCUCAUCUACCAAAAACAAUUCGUCUCAUCAUUGAAAAGUAUGUUGAAAACAUUCAGGCUUCCUUGGUCGGUGGUGGUGAACGGCAGGGGCCGUGGUUAUUGUCUGUUUUGAGUAAAAUUGACGAUAUUGUCUGCGACGUUGAUGGCGGUAUUGACUAUUAUCUUACCGCGAGACGAGCAUUACUCUCUGAAGCGAUCAGUGAUAUUGAAAAGUUCGAAAUUGCUUGUAAGUAUUGCCUCGAGGAUGAUAUUAUGAGAAUUUGGCCAUCUGUAUCUGACUCGGAACACCUAGACCUCGGUGACAAUGUUUCCAGUGAUUUGCAGAACAAUAAUUAUUGCGAAGAGUUCUUAUUCCGUUACUGGGUUUGUCGUCUAAGAAAUCAGUUGCACAAGAUACCACCUAUCCUUGAUUACAAUCAUGACCCUGAUACAUUCGAACACCAUCUAAGAGAAAUUAGCAUCACCGGUAAUUGGCCAUGUGUAAUUUAUUUUUGGAAUAGUUUAAACGCUGAAAGUCGAAUGCGAAGCGCAGAGAGCUUUUUCCAACAUGAAACAUUUGUAUUCUGUAGGUAUAUCCUAGCAAAGUUGAGUGAGGAAGAAUUAAAUACAUUGGUUUCGGAGGCACGCACUUAUAGCUUUAUAGAUACUUUGAUGUGUAACACGCGUACGACCUUGUACAAUGAGAGAUUCAGUGAUGAGGAAUUCGGAACGCGUUACUUUUUAGCAGCAUGGAGCUAUAUUACUCGCAAAAUUACCGAAUGUAAUUUCAUAGUACAAAUUUGGAAGCUUUUUAAGUAUGAUGGUUACACCUAUGUUCCGAAUAAAAAGUCUUUGUAUUACGAGUUAUGGAAUAGUAUUCCAGAUCAUUUGAAACAGAUGGCAAUUCGAGAUUGUUUACUUGAUCGAUCUUUGUUUGAGACGAAGUACUCUGGAAGUGAGUUUCUUUUACUGGCUGCGCUGAAAGACACCCCGUUCGAUGCCAGAAACACCUUGUGGCGCGAAAAUUGGCGUGUUCUUCUAUCUCGUAGGACAAUACCAAAUUUUAAACAGUGUAUGAAUUUAUGCUUUGAAAACGAAAGCAACGUUAAUGUACUCGUAUUCAAAGAAAAUAAUUUAUCCAAAUACGAAAAUAUCAAGGACAAAUGUUCAGAAAUUAUAAAAAAGUCGCAUUGGUCAGAGCUGGAUGAAUUUCUAAACCUUUGCAGCUUGGAAAAUCAGACCUAUGUUGCUUUACGGGUCAAGUAUUUGGAUAAACAUUUAGAAUUUUUCCACUCUGAAUAUAUAUAUGAAGGGCGUUUCGAUCGUUUCAUCGAUAAUUUUCAUUCGUUGGACAAGUUUAUCAAUGAUACUUAUCAAGAGGUCGGUCUCGCCGCUGAUUUCAAAAAUCGGUUACUGUUGGCGCCUAAAAUGAUCGAAGUUUUGGCCAGAUACGUAAUAUGGAAUAAAGAUCUCGACAAAAUUAUGGAAUUUGUCGAUGCUUUCGUAAUAACUGAGCAAGCGGCAGUUGAUUUCAAACAGUUUCACUUUUUGCCUGGCGUUUUGCAUCUUUUAACAACUACUGAAUACUGUUUUCAAUUCGAGAGGGAGCCUUUUGAAAAGUUCAUGCGAUGGUGUUUAGGGAGUGACGAGAAAAUCGCAAAAUUUAAAUCAACUGUACCCUUAAAUGAAAUCGCUGAAAAUAUAAGGAGCCAAGAAUACGAAAUAGAAGACGACUGCGACAGCGACGAUAGCUUUGACGAGCGCGCUCGCGAGGACCUUUAUUUUUUGGAAAUGGCAUACUGUGAACUAGGUAAAUUUUUAGAAUGGUGUUUAUCUUCUCCUGAAGAAGUUUCUGAGUUUAAAAGCAAGUUUGAUGGGUUCAGAAAAUACGCUUCCGAGUGAGAUAAAUUUUGUGUACGUAUUAUUUUUAUGCAAAGUCUCUGUCAUUCAUUUUUUAAAUAGUUUUUUUUUUUCCUAAAUGGAUUUUAAUAAUUAGCCUAUUGAAUUAAUUUACGAAGCAAAAUGUUACCUUCAAUAUUGUAUGUACCUAAUACUCGUGUUUUUAAUGCAAAUAAAAUAUCUUUCGUAAUA